GCUUUCUCGCAUCUUCUUUCCUGUUUACGUUGAAGAACGAAAGAUUACGAAAGCGAAUCAACUGAAACUACCAGACAUCCACCGGGAACAAAGGAAUACACCUUAUCUUCUCCAAAAUUCCCCAAAAUUGCGAGCCGAAUUGCAGUGGCAACAGUUUGUUAGUUUAGUUACUUCACAAGUUGCCAGCCAUGUCUGUGGUCAGAAGUUACCAAGGCCCAGCUUAUUGGAUUCACUGUUUCUGCUCUCCUUCUACUAAGCUCCUUCCGAAGCUUCGGAAUCCUGGCUCUACUUCACUUGCCAAGGCGUUCUUUACUGGGGUUCCAGAGAAAGUUAGGGUUUCGGAGUUGAAUCAUAAAGGCAGAGAUGGGAAGAAUUCAGUAUGUUGCUUCUGUAAGCCGAAUUCCGAGGUUGAACAGAAAUCUUCGAUUGAGGAAGAGAGUGAACGGCCUCCUUUUGAUAUCAAUCUUUCUGUUAUACUUGCUGGGUUCUCCUUUGAAGCCUACACUAGCCCACCGGAAAAUAUUGGAAAGAAAGAAGUCGAUGCUGCAGACUGUCAGACUGUGUUUCUAUCAGAGUAAGAAAUUUUACUUCUGAAUUGUUUCUGUAGACUUCUUGCUUUAUGAUUUCAUCACAAAUUUAACUCCACUUGUUUUUUAACUAUUGAACUUCAU